AUGCACUCGGUAGGGCGCCUGUCUGGCACUGGCAAUCCAGAGCCUGAUGUGACGGAUGAUCAACAUAACGACGAGCUGCAAGUCCGUCAAAUUCUAAUGGCUGGUUCGAUGCAUGAGGACCUCAUCUCCCCUACCAACACCGGCCUCAGAAUGGAUCCUUUCUCCGUCUUUCCUGGUGACAAUUCUCGACGAGCAAAGGAGACGGUGGACUUCUACGUGACCGUAUGGGCCACCUACAAGCGCGGCUCCAUAGACACUUUCUUAGGCCUCAAUACCCAAAUCGACAUGUGCUGGCCUAUCGCUCUGCAAGACAAGAUGCUCUUCGACGCAACCUUGGCUGUCAGUCGUGUAGCUUACUGCAUGGGGCAGAAAAAGUCACCAGGCCACGACGAGUUCAUGCUCAAGCACAAAGUGGACGCUCUUUCUACGCUGAGAAGCAGGAUGAUGUCGAUGCCUGUCAUCCCAAGCGAGGCCGUCAUCUUCACGGUAUCGCGCAUGCUAUCAAUAUGUUAUAUGACUUCAGACAAUGCAGCUUUCGAGAUCCACUUCAAGGCUCUUGAGCGCAUCGGCCAGAGUUACAUGCUCCACAAGUCCGGCGAAGAUAAGAUGGCACGUGUUGUCGAAAGCCGCUUGAAAGCGUGGACACCGCUGUUCGAAUAUCGACAGGGUUGGAAUCCACUGAUACCGACAAUUCACCAUUUAGCUCUUGAGAACAUGCAACCAACUCGCUGGCCUGAAUUAGUACCUGAUGAACUUGCUUGCCUGACUGCGAAGCUAUCACCGGGCUUUCGGCAACUUGUCGAGACCGCGUCGUUGUCGGUCGAAACUGCCCACCUUCUCUCAGAGCUCCAGUGCACCAUAGACAAUCUCGGCGAUACAGGAACGAACGGUGAGGUGCCAACGGUGUUGUUCGAACGAUUGCACGUCUUCAGAGACCAGCCCAUUAACCUUUUAGCUUCCCUAGAGUUGUCAGCUUUCGAAACCCAGCUCUGUAUCGCUUUACUAGCUCUGACGAUUUCACUGACCAUCGUCUACGGGAGUACAGACCCUCAAGACAGUCACUCGCAUGGCAGUGGAAUCACUUCCGCCAUGGGGUCUUCGCUGUACACAGACGGCCUCCUUGAGAAGCUUGCUAAGGCAUUUCUAUACCUGAAAUAUGCAGGAGCUGAUCAGUCGUCUGCCCAUUAUGAUUGCCUUGAAUGGGCCGCGCUAGUACUGGGAAGCUGCUGCUUCCUCGUUGAGCAGCCACGGGAUCGUGUUCGGGAGAAGGGCCACAUAGCGCUCAUCAGCAUUACGGAUCGCUUAUUGCCGUUGAAGGACGACGAUGAGUGGGACAGACUUGCCAAAAACCUUCAGCAUCAAUUCUUCUGGCCCCAGAUAUUGACCAGACGAUGGAAGGUCAUAUACCUCGCAGCGCUGAAUCGACAGCGCGAAUGGGAAGGUCUGGGGUUGUUCAGACUUGGCAUGCCUUCAGACGACAAGGUCGAGUACAUGGUCCUGCGCGAUGCAAGAGGUGCUCUGCCUCUAGUAUCCUAA